AUGGUCCUGUCGCUGAUCACUGCGAUCACCGCCCUCACCGCCGGGCCUCGCGCGAUCAUCGCCGCGCCUCGCCGUGGCGGCCGCGCAAAUCUGAGGGCGAUGGCGCUCGGCGUCGGCGACGACUUCCCUCCGGCGGCACUCCGCUCGCUCGGCGUCGAGGGCAGGCGGGCGGUCGUCGCCUUUGUCAACGCGGACGACGACUUCAACGACGCAAAGGAGCUGCGGCUCUUUGAGACGCGCGCCGACGAGUUUGCCCGCCGCAAGUGCGCGCUUGUCGCCGUGCGGCCGCCGGAGGGCGCGAGCGAGGCGGCUGGCCGACUCUAUCCGUCGCUCACGCUGCACGACGACGAGGAGGACGCGGUUAGGACAGCCGCCGGACUGCCGCUCGGCUGGCGUCCGCGGCGGCCGCGCGCCACCUUCCUGCUCGCCGCCAACGGCACUGUCUGCGAGGCUGUCUCUGGCGGCGUCGGCUGCACCGAGCACCCCGCGUUUGCUGCGCGAGCCGUUGCGAGGCUCGACGACGCCGAGGCGUCCGCCGCUGAGCUGUUUUGCGACUCGGUGCCUCGGACGACCUUCAACUUUCUGGCCCUCGCCGCGUCCGGCUACUACGACGGCACGCUCUUCCACCGCAACAUCAAGGGCUUCAUGGUGCAGGGUGGCGACCCGACUGGCGCUGGCAAGGGCGGCGCGAGCAUCUGGGGCGGCAAGUUUGCGGACGAGAUCCACCCGGAAAAUAAGCACUCGGCCCGUGGCAUCCUCGCCAUGGCCAACUCGGGGCCAAACACCAACGGCUCUCAGUUUUACAUCACGUACGCCAAGCACCCGCACCUCGACAACUCGUACAGUGUGUUUGGGAAGCUCAUCGACGGCUUCGAGACGCUCAACGCCAUCGAGCGCACGCCGCUCGAGCACGUGACGAUACACGCCAACCCGCUCGCCGACCAGAUGAUCACCUUCCCGUCAGCCACGGGCGCUCCCGACGUCCAAACGUAA